AGUUAGGCAAAGUCAAAUCACGUUUGACUUUUGAUUUGACUUGUCUCUUCUUAUUUUAAUUCAACAUUGAAGGCGGGAUGAUCAUUCCACGCCACCUUUUGGUGGUCUGGUCAACGCAAUACAAGUCCACAUUCGGUGUCCAAAAAGUAAACAGAAAGAAAUAUCCUUCGGGGUGAAAGAAAGGCUAAAGAAAUUACAGUUUUCCUACUACUAUAGCUUAACAUCAAUCAAUCAACGCUUCCUGCUCUAUUAUGGAAGAAGGCCCUGUGACCUAGAAUGGAGAUUUGUUGGAAACACCCCAGAAAUGUCUCACGUAUACGAAGGCGGGUGGAUGACGAAGGAAAAGUGAAAUUUGCCGGAUGAGUUCUUUUUACAAACAUGGUCUUGCAUGUAGCGUUGAAUCCGUGUGGAAAGCUGCUUUCUCCUCCCGUUUGAUGACCUUCUUUCUCUCAUUCUACGAUAUACCUAGACUCAACUGCGUUUCUCCUUUCAUUCCAUGUGUGUUUCUCUGGCGAGCGUGAUCUUUCCUCUUGCCCAGCUGCUGAUUCAGUUCUCCCCUCCCCCCCCAAAGAAAAUCAUGUGGCGCUUCGUUCAAAUUUCAGUUGUUGGCCUAGCGUUUCUUCUUCCUUGUGUUUUGACCAAAUCGAUCAGCGCCGUCGACAAGCCGGACCUGCCCGACGCCAAUUUACUCUUGGCGGAAUUCUACCACACCGUGGAGGCCGCUGUCAACCAUCUCGUCGUAUCCCGCGACAUGCACAAACUCGUGCGGGAGAGGAGACAGCUCAACAACUUUGGCGGUGGUAAUUUCGGUCAAGGAGGACUCGGAGGGCUCGGAGGCUUCGGCCAGCAGGGCGGCGGAGGAGCGGCCAACUUAUUCACGCAAUCGGGGCCCACGGGCGACCUCCUGAGCGGGUUGAGUAAUGUAGCUAAUUUGGCUAGUUUGGGUUCACUCACUUCGGACUCUGCAUCCGGAAUACCACCUGUCUUGCGAAAUUUUCAAUUUCCUCAUCAUGAUGGAAUUUGAAAACUUUUUGAAAACGAAAACGCAACGAAUGCACUUUGCGUUUGGCGUGCGAAUAGGCUACAUGGCCAACAGAGGUCUGUUCAAUCGCACCAGCGCUCUCGUUCCUCCGACCGUAUUUCCCGCUCUGAAUGAAAACGCGCAAGGUGCUUUAAAUCUCUCCCAUCCGAGCACCUUCAGAUCUAUCUUGGGCGUUUUGCAAUUGAUGCGCUUUCAAGAAUUUGGAGCCUAUGGGCCUAUCGAAGCGGCUUUGUGGGGCGUUGCACAUCGUGAUAACACAAGAUGCCGUGAUCAAUUUUCCAAGUGCCCAUCGACUGCCGAAGCCUUCAUUACGGAACUCAACUCUACCCCAGGUGGUCUUCAGAGCAUGCUGACAACUUCCUUACAAGCUAUCCGCGAUACUUUACCGGAUGGAGCAUCUAGUGCGCCCGAGACGGCAGCCAGCGUUGCGGAUAUCGGAAGUUCUUUAAGCAAUUUUGGACAGCAAGCAGGAGGAGGAUUGGGAUUGUUAUCUGGAUUAGGUGGAUUAGGCGGAUUCGGUGGCAACCAGCAAUUUCUCAAUCCCUCUGGUUCACAAUUUGGCAACAACCAGCAACUUUUGAACGGUGCACAUUUUGGCGGCAAUCAACAACUUCUGAAUGGUGUAGCUGCACAAUUCGGUGGAAACCAACAAUUCGCCAAUCCUUCACUUUCGCAAUUCGGUGGAGGUCAACAAUUUUUGAAUCCUUCUGCAGCUCAAUUCGGGAAUCUGGGCUCAAACUUCGCUUCCACGAAUUUUGGACAGCAAGGAGCAGGAGGAGGAUUGGGAUCGUUUGGCAACCAACAACAGUUUCUCGAUUCUUCGCAAUUGGGGGGAAAUCAACAGUUUACCGGUAGUGCCGGUUCGCAGCAAUUCAGCGGUCUGGGCUCCAACUUCGCUUCCACUGGAGUUAGCAAUUUUAAUCUGGGCUUUGGAUCCGGACUCAACGGCGCAAACGGGCUGAACAGCUUGGGUGGCUUUGGCGGAGUAAAUGGCCUUUCUGGGCUCAGUGGAGGUUCCCAGUUUGCUGGCCAAGGCUUCCAGCAAGGAAGCUUUGGAGGAUUCAAUGGAUUAUCAGGAAAUUUUCGCUCCGGAGCGGAUGACGACAAAAAAUCCAAUAAUAAAAAGAAAUGGACAUGGGGUUGAUUUGAUACAUUCGUGACAUAAUUUAUCAUAUGCAGGACGUAUGAAAUUUCAUCUUGUAUUCCAUUCGUUUAUUAAUAUAAAACGAAGCUGAGUAUUGGAUUUCAUAUUUUGUUCCUUUUUUUUUUCAAAUUGAAGUAUGCCAUGACAUCUAG